GCCGGGUGGCGCUGUGAUUGGGCGGCGGCGCCGCCGCUCGGCGCGGGGCCGGGGGUCAGAGUGCGCGGAGUUUCAGAUGCCUCUGGAUGUUCAAUGAUAGCACUCCUCCAUACUGGAGCAGCGAAGUUUCCCCGAAACUUACUUCCGAGGGCAAGACGAGCUGUGUGCUCCCUCCUCCCGGCUGGUGUUCUCAAAGGGUACAGGUCCAUUGUAAGCAGGAAACUGGCGUCCCACGGCUUUGGAGCUUCCAUGGCAGCAAUGUCAUCCUUCCCUCCACAGAGAUAUCACUACUUCUUAGUGCUGGAUUUUGAGGCUACGUGUGAUAAACCACAGAUUCAUCCUCAGGAAAUCAUCGAAUUCCCUAUCCUGAAGCUGAAUGGCAGGACGAUGGAGAUCGAAUCCACCUUUCACAUGUAUGUUCAGCCUGUGGUGCAUCCCCAGCUUACGCCCUUCUGUACAGAGCUGACUGGGAUUAUUCAAGGCAUGGUGGAUGGGCAGCCAAGCCUCCAGCAAGUGCUUGAGAGGGUUGACGAGUGGAUGGCGAAGGAAGGCCUCUUAGAUCCCAGCGUCAAGUCGAUUUUUGUGACCUGUGGAGACUGGGAUUUGAAAGUGAUGUUACCAGGACAAUGCCAGUACUUAGGGCUGCCGGUUGCUGAUUACUUCAAACAGUGGAUUAAUCUGAAAAAGGCAUACAGCUUUGCCAUGGGGAGUUGGCCAAAGAACGGGCUCUUAGACAUGAACAAAGGACUGAACCUACAGCACAUAGGGAGGCCUCACAGCGGGAUAGAUGACUGUAAGAACAUCGCCAACAUCAUGAAGACACUGGCCCAUAGAGGCUUCAUCUUCAAGCAGACCUCCAAACCCUUUUGAUCCCCAAGGCAAGCCAGGCAAGGGCUGCAUGUGCCCGGCGCCGGCGAGGCGGGGAGGACGGGCUCCAGCAUUCAAACAAAACGGCAACCGAGGCCAGAGGAACCGACACAAAAAAUCUCAAUUUCAGCUGUUAACUCCAGUAGAGAUUGUAUAUAUGGGAAGGCAAAUCUGUGUAGACCUGAUGUGACUCCCUCUCUGGGCUGCUCCGGACAUUAUGCCAUGCUAGCGGACAGCCGCGUAGGGCGCUUGCACCACAUUUUAGACUCGUAGUUUGUUCUUUUUCUUUGGCUCCUGAUUUCCAACCCACCCUCCAUAUCCUACCCCGUUCUCUCUCUCUCUCUCCCACCCCGUAGCCAGAGCAUCCCCCAUCUCCUUCCUGGCAUGGGCCGUCCCCGCCUUCCCUUUUUUCUUUCUUUUCUCUGGUUUUAUGUUUUCAGGCCCCGACGGCUGCGGUGCCCGGGCUGCGCUGACGGAGGCUCAGCAGUGUCGAGACGGCCCCUCGCCCUCCCCGCCAGCCCCCCGCCUCUCCCCUGAGCGCCUUUUCCCCUUUUUGAGUCAACACUAACCCCUCUCUGACUCCUGUAUGUGACAAACGCGAUCCGUCUCUUUAUGUUCAAGGUGAAGUGCCUGUAUUCUCCGCUGCAGAGCCCUUGGCAGCCCCACCGUGGGCUGCGGGGCCCCGGAGGGCUCCCUUCAGUGGGGCAGGGGGCCCAGCGGGCGGGCGGGCGACAGGAGGGAGGUGACAGUGUCCGCGCAGAGCCCCGUCCCGUCUGCUCGUGCCUCUUGUGGGGCUGGGUGGGAUGCCAAGCCCUGCCCCAGCCCCAGCUCCACCGGGGCCAAGCUCGCCGCAGCACCGUGUCCAUUGCCGGCGGUGGACGUGCCAGCGCACGCUGGUCCCCGGCCCACAGGUACCCGAGGAGGGGAGCUGCGAAUUGCCCCUGACCCCGCUCCCCUCCGACCCCAUCCCUCGGUUCCCAAGCUGAGGCUCAGCACGCCCGUGCCCACGGUCCCCACGGGCCAUGCCGUGCCCCUGGCAGGUCCCCGCGGGCGCUCAGCAGCAGCUGGCUUGUUGACUGAGAGAGUGGCCGAGCGCAUCCCCUGUGGCUGGGUGGGCUCCCGGCCGGCCAGGGCAGCCGUGGGGCAGGCUGAGGGCAGAUGUCCCCCCUGGUGUCACCCAGCCCCGGGGCCCUGCUGAAUGGAGCCCUCGUCCGGGCGCUGACCUGCAGGGAGGCUGCAGCCCCGGGCCCGUGCGUGCAUGGCCUGGAGCGAAGCCGGUGAUGGCAGCCAGAAGGGCAAUACAGGCACUGAACUUGGCGGUACAUGACUGCAUGGUGUGUGGUGUUCCAGUUAAACCAACCGAUAAUGCAAACCCAGCAUUUUCAUUGUC